CUUGCCUCCUAUUUUUGUUCUCUUUGUCUUUCUUCUUUUCUCCUUGUUUUCUAGAAAAUAAUCCCAGAAUAAACAAGGACGACACACAAAGAUCAUGUCCCCGGCAGUCUUCCAGAUCGUCUCGGACCUGCACCUCGAGACGCAGGCGUCAUACGAGUACAACUUCAAGCAGACGGCGCCGAACCUGGCCCUGCUGGGGGACAUUGGUCAGGUGGCAGAUGACGGGUUGUUCACCUUUCUCGAGAAACAGCUGCGCCGGUACUGGAACGUCUUCUUCCUCCUGGGCAACCACGAGCCGAUAUCGGGCAGCUGGCCGGCGGCGCGGCGGCGGGUGCACGCGUUCGCCGAGCGCAUGGAACGCCUCCGGGAGCGCUCCACCAUCGGCCGCUUCGUCUUCCUCGACCGGACGCGCCACGACCUCGACGGCGGGCUGACGGUGCUCGGGUGCACCCUCUUCUCGCGCGUGCUGCCGGACCAGGCCGCCGCGGUGGCCGGCCGCCUCGUCGACUUCCGCAAGAUCACCGGCUGGACCGUCGAGGACCACGUCGACGCCCACCUGGCGGACCUGUGCUGGCUCAACGAGCAGGUCGAGGCCAUCGCGCGGGCCGAGCCCGGCCGCAAGAUCGUCGUCUUCACCCACCACAGCCCGACGGCCGACGAGCGCGCGACGGACCCGCGCCACCGCGACAGCCCCGUCGCCUCGGGCUUCGCCACCGACCUCGGCCGCGAGCCCUGCUGGACCAGCCCGGCCGUGGUCCUGUGGGCCUUCGGCCACACCCACUUCUGCUGCGACUUUGUCGACGAGCACGGCAAGCGGGUCGUUGCCAACCAGCGCGGGUACGCCCUCGCGCGCGAGAGCGCCUUCGACGCCGCCAAGACCUUCGUGGUCGGCAGGGCCGAGGCGGCCUCGGGUGCGUCGAGCAUGCUGCUCUUCUGAUAACUAUAACUGAAUCGUUGCCAAGAAGACGAGGGUUAAAUUAUCUUGCGCAAUUGUGCGUCUUUCGCAGCGAAGAAUGGGCCCUGAUAAAGAUCUAUAUUUUCAUUCCUGAAAUAAAUAGUUUCCU